AUGACGGGGGCAGCUCAGGAUUCUCCAUUCCGGGUAAUUGUCGUGGGGGCCGGGAUUACUGGCUUGCUUGCGUCUCACGUCUUCCAGAAGCUGGGGAUUGAUCAUGUCGUGCUCGAGAAGCGCCAGUCGGUCGCACCCCCUGAGGGGGCCAGCAUUGGUAUCUAUCCCCACGGCGCUCGCCUCCUGCAUCAGCUUGGCUGUCUUGAGGCACUUGCUGAGGCAUGUGCGCCUCCUGGGAAAUGGAUCAUCAGACGUCCGGACGGCAAGGUUAUCAUCGACAGCGCAUUCUUUCAGAAUCUCGAAAAGAAUCACGGCACAGGCAUGUUCUUAUUGGAAAGGCGUAAAUAUUUGCAGAUACUUUUCGACUGUCUCCCGGACAAAAGCCCCAUUCGAACAGGAUGUGCAGUCACGAAUAUCCAGCACACUGCCACCGGCGUGGAGGUGACUCUGAGCAAUGGAGAAAUCGAAGUCGGUGAUGUAGUCAUUGGUUGCGACGGAGCUUAUAGCAGCGUAAGGAACUUCAUGUGGCAGCAUGCCGCUUUGACAGAGCCGGGCCUAAUUACUGCUGAAGAGAAAAGAACCAUAAAGACACAUUACAAGGGUUUAAUCGGCAUGACUCCCCGCCCACCAGACACGGCAGAGAAUGACUUGCUCACAAAUCACGGGAAUAAACGAUCGUUCCUCGGUCUUUUGACGCCAAAACACAUGUUUUACGCUUUCUUUUUCCGCCUUGACGAGCCCAUGGUCUGGCCCAGGAGGGCACAGUUCACAGACCAAGAUGCCGAGGUUCUGGCGGAGAGCGUGGCCGACUAUCCUGUAUCCGACACUCUGCUGUUUGGCGAGCUCUGGAAGGAUAGGGUCCGGGGUUUCCUUGUCCCUCUGGAGGAGGGUGUUCUGGACCACUGGUAUCAUGGACGCAUUGUCCUUGCUGGAGACGCAUCUAUGAAGAUUACCCCAAACAUGGGACUCGGCGGCAACUCCGGCAUGGAAUCUAUCGCCGUCCUAUGCAACCACCUGCACCGGGUGCUUAAACAGACACCAGCGGGGACAAAACCCGGGAUUGAGGCGCUUACUCAGGCCUUCUCCGGGUACCAGGCCGAACGACUUGCACGAGCCCGCCAGGUCUUGGCGCUCUCGGGCUUGGUCCUCCGGAUGCAGUCCGGCGCAGCCCCCUGGUACAAGGCCAUGGGCAACUUGGUCCUCCCUAUGAUACCCGACCAGACCAUCGCGGGUCAAUUUGGCAAGUUCCUCCACCAGGCUCCAAAGUUUGAGUUCUUGGAUUCGUCGGGUUUUCCGCGCGGGGCUAGGCCUUGGAAGGAUGAAGAGGAUGCUCACCUGAAGGGGGAAGCCAAAAACAGUGAUCAGAGUCCACUACUCUGGGUAUCUGCUAUGGGGUUAGUGGCGGCGACAGCAGCUUUCAUGCUUUGUUGA